GUGGUGGCAACGGCUGACAUGAAUACAAUAUUUUCUCACUAUAAGUUCGAUUUGUCCUUCACGCUGUAAGCUCGUUGCCGUCCCUACCAGUUCAGCUUGGGCCUAUAGGCAGCCUCAGACCGUUUCUCUUGUGCUUUCGUUUUCUCUCGCUCUUGUGCGUUGGAAAACAAAAACGAACCGCCACUGGCGGCUACCUCUUUAUAAGCUCGUCACCGGUAACGAACCGCAAGUUUAUAACGAAGGAAAUACUGUACUUAAUCACGUGAUCUCCCCGUCAAAACAGCCUACAUUCUCUACACCCACAUUGACAGAAGCGCACCUAUUCCACGUUCAUUGCCAGGGCAAGGGAUUCGCAUCAUACAUGUCGGGCUGUUGUUGAGACGGUGACAUUUAUUUGAAUUUUCUCUGAAGAAAGUGAAGUUUUUUCUUUUCCUUUUUUUUAGCAUUAUCUGAAAAGUGUUAUUUUAAUCGUCUUGUCUGAAGAUAUCUUAACAUCUUACAGACUUACUCAGGUAUUAAUUCAUAAAUUUACACGUAAUUACGAUAUCACGGUUAUUUUGAUAUGCCUUAUCAAAAAUGAUAACUGAAAGCAAAGCAAGCUGUUAAAUAAUUUUUCCCAUUUUUUUACUUUCGCUUUUUAAUAUGGUUCGUUUUGGUAAUGCGGAUUAAAUAUAUGGAAUAAUAAUCAAACACAUAGACAAUUGUUACUGAUGAAAAUAUAUUUAUUAAAAAUUAGCAAUAUUCUAAGAAUUUUAAGUUCCUAUAAAUAAUGUGUAUACAUUUGUAUCACAAAGUGUACAAAUGUUUUAAUUUACAAUAUGCUGGUAUACAUGUUUUUGAAAUGUAUUAUUCAAAAAAGAAUAAUAUCAAUAAAGAAUGAAAAACAAAAUUGUUGUACGCAUAUUUUACUUAGGCUUUUUUAUUUUUUUCUUAUCUUUUUUCUUAUGUUUCUUCUUCAUUUCUCUUGCAGUCUGUUUUUUCCUUUUGUCUUUCUUCGUUCUUUUCUUUCUUUUAAUCACUUCUUCUUCUGAGGAAAAAUCAGAAUCAUCUGAACUUGAACUACUGGAUGAAGAAGAUGAAGACGACGAUGAAGACGAUGUACUUGAACUGGAAGGAGAGGAUUCAUUGGAUGCACUUUCAGAAAGAAGAGGUCAAUACACAUUUUAAAAAUGCCUACACAAACGACAGAGAAUGACGAUAUUCGAGUGAAAAUUGUUUAUAAUGGAUACAUUGCGAGAGGAAAUGCGUACAAUAUGUGGAUUUGGUGCAGCAGGUCAAGAUCAAUUUACAAUGAAGUGGGUUGACGAGGAGGGGGAUCCAUGCAGAAUUGCUUCUCAACAAGAACUAGAUGAAGCAAUGCGUCUUUAUGAACUGGAGAAGGACACUGAGAUAACUAUACAUGAGGUUGCAAAAGUGGCGAUAAACCAGCAUCGAUCGCGCUGACUCGUCGCAUUCUCAGCCGGGCUCCUGCAAGAGGUCGGCCGUACGGUAGAGGAGACGAGGACAGAGGAGUACGGGGCGAAAGAAGGAGAGGAAGGGAAAGACAACGGACCAGAAAGAGAGGGACCGAGAGAGCGUGCGCACGUACUGCUGGGAAGGAAAGUAGGGAAAACCGUUUGGGGGUGGGAGUUAGAGGGUGAUACUGAGCAAAAGACGGGGGCCAGUGGUGUACGGUUGUUGGCGGACGAUAUCAGACAACCGGGAUAGAGGAAGUUUGCGGAGAGAUAAAUAACGGGGUAAAUUCGUCGACGAAAUGGCGUGGGGUUAUUGGAGCGCAACGUCAGUCAGCGAUAGAGGUCGGUCACCCCGCCGUGAGAAGGAUAAACAACAAUCUCAGGGGUUGCAUCAGCAACAACAGCAACAGCAACAGUUUCAUCAGGGCGAGACGGGGAUUACGGGGUUGUACGGUGUACAGCAAGUACAGGGCGAGCUCGGUGUCGGUACCUCUUCCGGGCCCGGCGGUGCUGGUGCCGCAGUGGAGGAACCACCCUGCAGUAUGAUGAUACAGGGUGGUUCCUUCUAUUCUUAUUCCGCGGCACUGGCUGCUGCGACAGCAGCUGCCGCUAGUCGAAAAAUUCCGGCCGCCGUCGAGGGCCCAUCCACCUCAUCCACCGGGAUUCAAGUUCUACCGCGUGAACGGCCGAUUAAGUCAAGCACCAGCACGUAUCCACCCUCGCCCAGCAGUGAUUCCGCCGAAUAUGAGCAACCGAUCGUGGGAAUCCGGAGCGAGUGCUCGCCCAAUAACAGUCCCCGUGACGAUAUAUUCGUGCAACCCGGCUCAUCCAGCUCCAGGAUGAAGCUGCUCUGCGAGAAAGGUGUCGACGACACCUCGGAGGUAGAUCUCGAUGACGUGAUCGCCACGGAGAUGAUGUACGCGACCAGCAAUCGAGCCAUAGGGACUAAUACGUGUCGUGUACACGGGCCAUGUAGUCAACCACCGGAUCCCGCAUCUUCGCUGAUCGACGAUACCACCGGAUCCUCGCAAUUUUGGUUCAACGACAUCACCUGGGUUUUUCCUAACGUCCCGCCCGCACCUGGAAUGCCCUGUCAAGGAGAAGACAGUGAGUUUUUCGUCGCAAUAAAUAGUCGCAAGUUCUCUAACACGCAUAACGGCAUCCGCUCAGCAUUCUCCGAACACGAAUAAUACUAGCCAGCGAGUUAUAUACGAUUAGCGAAUAAGUUUUCUUCUGUUUAUCAUGGGAAGUGUUUUAUGAAUAGCCUGGCUGAUCGAUUCACGUGUACGACUACUGCG